AUGCGGGCCUGCAUCAAGGCCGGGCUGCGGUACGCGGGCGCGUCGCCGCCGUCGGGCUGCGGCUGCGACUGCUGGGCGUACCGUAUCGGCCCCUGCGCGGGCGGCGUGGAGGCCGGCGAUCAAGUCUGCGUUUCGCGCUUCCUCCUGGAGCGGCUCGGGGAAGACCUGGACGUCCCCAUCAGCUUCUCGGCAGCUCCCGGGCCGUCCCAGCAGCCGCCCGCAUGCAGCGUCGAAUUCAGCACCGCGUCGACCCGCGCCCCGGACGGCGACGCGAUGGGCGAGGUGCAGCGGAUGCUUACCCGCCUGCAGGCCGCGCACCCGCGGCGCGCCGGCGGCUUCGGCGGCGAUGCCCAGCGCCCAUUUUCCGUCGCCGUCGGCGACAGGCGCGCGGCGAUCACGAUACCCACCAGCACGCUCGUUGCGCGCUGCGGCCCGUUUGUCGACCGCCGCGGCGCCGGCGGCUGCGACCCGUACCUCAUCACAUCCCUGCUCGCCGCCGACGCGCUCGGCCUGCAGCUGCCCGCCGCGGCCGACCGCGCGGCGGCGGGGGCGGGCGCCGGCCCGCUGCCCUCGGGGCCGCGGCCCGGCUUCCACGUGCCAGCGUUUGGCGCGUCGCCUUCCGCCCCCAUGGCCAUGGCGGCGAGCGGCGCCGCCCAGAUGAUGCUCAAGCAGCAGCAGCAGCAGCAGCAGCAGCAGCAGCAGCAAUACUUGGAGCAGCAGCCAUACCCGAAUCAGCAUCAUCAGCAGCAGACGUGCGCAUUCGGCACGCCUGCGCCCGCCGGCGGCCUCGCCGCCGCGCUCGCCGCCGCCCUCGCCGCCGGCCGCCGCGAAGCGCCCCGCAGCGGCGCCGCCAGCGGCGGCGCCUGCUGCUCUGACUCAGAGGGGGACGGGUCCGGCAGCGACUGCGAGGGCUCGGCCGACAUGCUGGUAUCAGAAAUCCGCCGCAUGGACCGCGCCGCACGCCGCCAGCAGCUCGCCUCCAAGCCGCCGCGCCAAGCCGCGGCGCCGCCGGGCUGCGGCCUGGACUGGCUCGGCGGCGGCGGCGGCGGCAGCGAGGGCGAUGACGAGGACGACAUCGGAGAGUCCGAGGAUUGGGAGGACGAGGAGGACGACAGCGCGUCGUCGGCGAUGGCGUCGGCGGCGGGCAGCCCGGCAGGGGCCUGCGCGCUGCUCGCGGCCGCGUGCGCCGACGACGACAUGAUGGUCUGCUGA